AUCGAGCUAGACUUGUCUGGGGGUCGAUCUGGUGAGAAGCGUCCAAGGGAGGAGUCUGAGGCGCUUGACAUAUCUCCCCUGAACGAGGUUAGGGGAGAAUCUCCUUUGAGGAGAAGAAGAAAGAAGAAGAAGACUUCCUCCUCCUCGGAGGCUGGGGCUCGUGGGACUCUGCCUACGAGCCAUGCUAAUUUGGUGGGUGACCCCGAAGCUCGGAUGGGGGAACAUUCGAUGUGAGAAUGCGGUUCAGGAUGGAAUCGUCGAGCUCCGGGGUGAAGGACCAGGUGUCCCGCAUCUCGGCCACGUGCUUGGACCGCUGUCUGAGGAGAGCAUCCAGGUUCGUGAGUGAUCCUGGGUCCGUACUGCAGAGGACCAUUGACAACGCUGCCGAGGCGUUUAUCGCUUCCAUUCAUUCAGCGGUUAUGGUCAAAGCCGAACUGGAUGGAAGAGAGGCUUUGACAGCAAAGGAGAGAGAGAACCCCUCUACUACCUUAGAGGCUGCCACUACGCUGAAGGGCGAGCUACUAAAGGCUCAAGGUGAGGUGGAUAUUUUAAGGGCCGAGGUGGAUGCCAAGACCGAUCUCUUGAAGAAGGAAGGUGAGAAACACAAGGCCCACCUCCGAGCAGCCCAUGCUAUCACCAAGGGGCUGGAGAAGGAGAAAUUCCAGCUCUUGAAGGAGAAGGACGACCUUGCUCAAGUCCUUGAGAAAAAGGACGCCUCAAUUGGGCGCCUUACGACUGAGCUCAAAGACCUGAAGGAGCGCCUUACAGAUGGAGCCCUGCUGGAGGAGUCGUUCAGGCAACACCCAAACUUCGACGGGUUCGCCAAAGACUUCAGUGAUGCUGGCUUCAAGUUUCUGAUGAAGGGCAUUGCUGCCGACAUGCCUCAUCUUCAGAUCGAUCUCAGCGAUCUCAAGAAGAGGUAUUCUGAGAACUGGGCUUCUGGGCCUAACGGUACUCCUGGCCCCCAAUCCCUGGUGGACAAGUACGUUAGGGAGCUGGACUCUGACUACUCCGACAUGGAGGAAGAGGAUGCCCCUAGUCAGGAGCCUACUAAGGUCGGCACGACCCAAGAGGAGGCUCCUUCACAGCUGGGCGGCCCCAGGAGAUCAACCUUCUGA